AUGGCUAAUAUUCAAAAUUUAAACAAGCCUAAAGAUGCUUUUGAACAACUGGAGGAAGAAACAGGAAAUUCUCAACAAAUUUGUCACAUUCGUAUUCAGCAACGUACUGGAAGGAAGACUAUCACAACAGUACAAGGUAUUGGUACUGAAUAUGAUCUUAAAAAAAUUGUUCGUUAUCUAAAAAAGGAGUACAAUUGUAAUGGAACUAUUGUUGAACAUCCUGAAUAUGGUCAAGUUAUUCAAUUAUCUGGUGAUCAAAGACAAUAUAUUAAAGAAUUUCUCUGUAAAGUUGGUAUUGUUAAAGAAGAAAACUGCAAAGUUCAUGGUUUCUAA